AUGUCUAAAGAUUCUGACCGUACUCCAGUGGCCGACCAGGCUGAGUCGGACGCCUGGUUCCCAUCACCAUACUCGCUGACGCAAUAUGUCCCUCCAAAGACCGAUUUCGAUGGGGCAGAUUAUCCCAACGCUUAUACUGGUGGGAAGUGGAAGAUUCUCCUAAUAGCCACACAAGAGCGAUACUUGCAGAUGGCGGGCGGCGAGUUCUUCUCGACGGGAAAUCACCCGGUGGAGAUGCUUCUACCAGUGCUCCAUCUUGACGCCGCCGGUUUCGACAUCGACAUUGCCACUGUGUCGGGAAAUCCUGUCAAAUUUGAAAUGUGGGCAUUUCCCAAGGAAGACGAGGCAGUAAAGUCGAUUUUUGAAAAAUACAAGAAGAAGCUUCGCAAUCCCUUAGCUCUAGAGGAUGUCUGGAAGGAUGGUUUCACCAAAGAUACACCUUACAUCGGCGUCUUUAUCCCCGGUGGACACGGCGUAUUGAACGACGUUCCAUUCUCCCCCAUCGUGGGUAAGAUCCUGCGCUGGGCCGACGCUAACCAGCGAUACUUCAUCACGCUUUGCCACGGUCCAGCUAGUAUGCUGGCCGCCAACAUCGGAAAACCCGAAGGUAGCAAGUUCAUCUACGAUGGAUACAAGAUAGAUGUGUUCCCGGACUCGCUAGACAAGGGUGCCAACAUCGAUAUUGGCUACAUUCCAGGCAAGAUGUCUUGGUUGGUGGGUGAGGAACUUCGCAAGCUGGGCGUUAUCCCUAUCAAUGAGAAAAUCACCGGUGAAACCCAUCAAGAUCGGUAUGUUCUUACAGGUGACUCGCCCCUGGCGUCAAACAACCUAGGGAAACUCGCUGCAAACGUGCUCCUCGAGGACGUAGCCAAGCGAGGCUGA